GAGUGUGUGUGUGUGUGUGUGUGUGUGUGUGUGUGUGUGUGUAGAGGAUGUAUAUUGACUCCCGGCAGCGGUGGAGUGUGUUCAGUGUGUGUGAGACAGAGGACGAGAUGGAACCUCGGGACAGAUGAAGCCUGCAAAUGGUCCUUCCUGUGUGUUGGUCCAGAUGAGUGUGUCCAAAGCUCCUCCCAGCCACUCCCACUUCCCAUCAGGAGGCGGUCCUUCCUCUCAUCUCACCCUGCCCCCUCCAUCCUCCGCCUCCACGUCCCCUUCGUCUGCGUCCCCUCCCUCUGCCCCCCCUCCUCCAUCUCCUGUGAAGAUCUCCAUGCAGGAGCAUUUUGCCAUUAACGUGUGUCCCGGUCCCAUCCUGCCCAUCCCCAACCUGUCCGACUUCUUCCCACGUUACCACGCCUUCCCGACCACGCCCCCUCCGCCCAGGGAGAAACCUGUCCCCCGACCCCGAGAGACAGACAGAGAGAGGGACGAGGAGAGACAGGAGGAAGAAGAGGAGAGGGAGGGUGUCGACUCUGAUGAUGAGGACACGUAUCUGGGCACUCUGGGAUUUAGCCUGUUGUUUGAUCAGGAAAACAACUGCCUUCACUGCACUAUUCAUAAGGCAAAGGGACUAAAGGCCAUGGACUCCAAUGGACUUGCUGACCCCUAUGUCAAGCUCCACCUUCUGCCUGGAGCAAGCAAGGCCAAUAAAUUGCGCACAAAGACCCUGAAGAACACCCUGAAUCCGGUUUGGAAUGAGACCCUGAUUUACCAUGGCAUUACUGCUGCUGACAUGACAACAAAAACUCUCAGGCUGUGUGUGUGUGAUAUGGACCGUUUGGGGCGUAAUGAGUUUAUUGGUGAAGUGCGAGUCGCUUUAAAGAAGCUCAAAGAAGGAGAAAGCAAACGAUACAACAUGGGACUGGAGAGAAUUGCACAGGUGCGAGAAGGUAACAAUCAGAUGGUGGAUCAGAGUUCACAAGGAAUGGAGGAGGAGCGAGGACGUAUCCUGGUGUCUCUGUGUUAUAUUGUGGAGAAGACGUGUUUGGUGGUUGGGAUUAUCCGCUGUGCUCACCUCGCAGCCAUGGACUCUAACGGCUACUCCGACCCCUUCGUCAAGAUCAUUCUUCAGCCAGACAUGGGGAAAAAGUCCAAGUAUAAAACAUCUGUGAAGAAAAAAACAUUAAACCCUGAGUUCAAUGAGGAAUUUUUCUACGAGGUUCCUCACGAGCAGCUGGCUAAGAAGACUCUGGAAAUUUCUGUGUGGGAUUAUGAUCUAGGAAUGAGCAAUGAUUUCAUCGGAGGAGUUGAAUUGGGAAUCAAUGCUAAAGGAGAGCGACUGAAGCACUGGUUCGAGUGUCUCAAAUACAAAGGAAAGAAAGUGGAGUAUUGGCACACGCUCACGCAGCAGGGGGCGCCAAGCAGCGACUAAAACACACACACACACACACACACACACACACACACACACACACACACACACACACACAGAA